AGUAAUAGCGUGCUGCGUUCUUAAAAACAUUCCCAUGUUAUCACCUUCUCCAAAUGCAUAUAUUGUAGAAUUUUAAACACACAUGUAUUGCGUUUUGUUCAGUCAUAAUAACGAGUCGUUAGUAAGAUGAAGUGUGUUGUUGUAUUGUGCGUCACGGUGGGUUCGGUGCUUGCCUUGGAUAAUGGCUUGGCUCUUACUCCGCCUAUGGGUUGGUUGACCUGGCAGCGAUUUAGAUGCAUUACAGAUUGUAACAAAUAUCCCGAUGAAUGUAUAAGCGAAACUCUCAUAAAACGGACUGCGGAUAAAAUGAUAAGCGACGGUUACCUAGCCGCGGGGUACAAUUACGUCGGGAUAGAUGAUUGCUGGAUGGAGCAUGAUCGUGACCGCGAGGGGCGGCUGGUCGCUAACGGGACUCGCUUCCCGAACGGCAUGAAGUAUAUUGGGGAUUACUUACACAACAAAGGCUUAAAAUUCUUCUUAUACCAAGACUACGGGAAUAAAACAUGUGCGGGAUACCCUGGUGUUCUUGGACAUGAAAAAACUGACAUCGACUCUUUUGUGGGUUGGGGCGUCGACUAUAUCAAACUGGAUGGCUGCAAUGUUGAAGUAUCGAAAAUGGAUACUGGCUAUCCGGAAUUUGGUAGAAUGAUGAAUGAUAGUGGUCGACCAAUGGUGUACUCGUGCAGUUGGCCGGCCUACCAAGAAAAGCCAGACUACGCCUCCAUAAAGGAGCACUGCAAUCUAUGGCGGAAUGCAGAUGACAUUCAGGACUCUUGGGCGUCUCUAACAAGUAUAAUGGAUUGGUUCGCUGACCGACCGGAAUUGGCGACUUAUGCUGGUCCUGGCCAUUGGAACGAUCCUGAUAUGUUGCUAAUUGGAAACUUUGGUCUCUCGGAAGAUCAAGCACGUGUUCAAAUGGCUGUUUGGUCCAUAUUGGCUGCACCAUUAAUGAUGAGUGUAGACCUUGAUACUAUAAAAGAUGAAUUUAAACAGAUUCUACUAAACUCUAAGGUGAUCGAAGUAGAUCAAGAUGAGUUGGGAAAGCAAGGUAUGAGGGUGUGGAACAAGUCUAAAUGUGAGAUAUGGACCCGAGAGCUCUCAACGGGCUUCGCUGUCGCGUUUGUGAACAGGCGAGAUGACGGCGCACCUUACACUUUAAAAGUUACAUUUGAUGACAUGAAAAUACCCAAACAAAACUAUAUCGUUCAGGAGUUAUUUGACCAAGAAAAUAUAAGAAACAUUAAGGGCCAUGACGAUAAAUUCGAAACUCGUGUGAAUCCAUCAGGUGUGAAGUUCUAUAAGUUUGUACCGGGACAAAAUAAUGAAGUAAAACGGUCCGCAGAAGUCAUCUAUCUCUUAACAUAAUAUUUAUUUUAAAUACAUAAUUCUUAAGUACAAUUAACACAAAACAUAAUCACAAUUUUGAAAUAAAUUAUUGAGAUAAGUUUAUA